GACGUUUUAAACACUUCCUGUUUGUGUAUGGCAGACCACGAGUCUUUGUAAAUGUUCUUUUUAAUUGGAGAUGGCAGAAGUUGACUUGAGUGAUGCUGAGAAGAUAUACAUUAUACACGGCGUUCAAGACAAUUGUCGGGAGGAUGGGAGAGGAUGUGAAGAUUACAGACACAUAGAAUUAGAAACUGGACUGCUGUCCAAUACAACAGGUUCUGCACGUGUUAGAUUGGCAAAUACAGAUAUUCUUGCUGGAGUGAAAGCUGAACUCGGUAAACCAGCUCCAGACAAGCCUAAUAAAGGAAGACUGGAGUUUUUUGUCGACUGUUCAGCUAAUGCCACGCCGGCGUUUGAAGGCAGGGGAGGAGAAGAGUUAUCGGCUGAGAUCGGGAACAUUCUAACGAGAACAUAUGAUUGUCCUAGUUGUUUUGAUCUGGAAGCAUUAUGUAUUAUUCCAGAGGAGCAGUGCUGGGUCCUGUAUGUUGAUGUUCUAUUGUUAGAGUGCGGAGGAAACUUGUUUGAUGUUGCAUCAGUGGCAGUGAAGGCAGCACUAUACAACACAAAAAUUCCUAAAGUAACAGUCAGUAGAGACGAGGGUCUAGUGGACCUUGAGAUUUCUGAUGACCCGUAUGAUGUACAGAAAGUGGAGGUCAGAUCAGCUCCAUGUAUUGUCACAGUCUGCAAGAUUGGUCACUCCCAUACAGUAGAUGCAAGUCUGAAGGAAGAGGCGUGUUGUUUAGCCAGAUUGACAAUGGGUGUAACAGAGAAGGGGACUGUGACUGGAUUAAGGAAAGAAGGGAACGGAAGUCUGGAUCCUGCCAGUCUGGAAGAUAUGAUGCAGAGAGGAACAGGCUAUUGCCUAGAAAUAUGAAAUCCUCUCAACACAUUGUCAACGUAGAUCAAGGAUGCCUUAAAGAUCAAAGAUGCUUAUAAACAGAGUAGUUUUGGACUGACUCCAAAGGAAAAAUAUGUGUACAGUGACUUUCAAAGACACAGAUCAAGUUUUCUAAUGGUUCGAGACAACCAGAGACCAGAAUAUUCCAGUACCCGGGGCCCCUUCUCAUCGUCAAAGCACAGGAAUUUGUUUCUCAGCUUUAUGAUGAGUACAAGUAUAUGAGUGAGUGGCUUGGACGUUUUUAAAGUGUGGCAUUUCAAACGUUGCAAUAAUUUAUCUUUUCCAUUUGUAUUGUGUUAGUUUUUCAUGUGUAUUGUAUAUUUUCCAUUUGUAUUCUAAAUGUUUCAUUUGUGUUGUAUAAUUUUUCAUUUGUAUUGUAAAUUUUUUCGUUUGUAUUGUAUAAGUUUUAUUUGCAAAAACUGGCUUGUUUUUUUUUUUUUGCCUCUACCUACAUGUAGCUGAUAAAACUCACAAGUCUAAAGCCUUGGUGGCAGAAAAAGUAAACGAGAGUUUGCACCAAUCUGAAAAGAUACAUGUACCUCUUCUCGUUAUUGGAAAGUCGCAAUGUUUUAAAAACAUCUAACCCUUGCUCACCUCUUUUGACUCAGAGGCAAAAAAGCCAGGGUUACAUCCUUACUUAUUAUAACCAUGAUCAGAAAAAUUGAAAGACUAUAUAUAUACCAAAAGAGAAAAGUAGCUAUGAUUGCCGACAAGUACCCGUUUGAAAGGCAUUCGCCUCUUCCUGCUGCCGAACACAACAGGCAAGAGGCAGCCAUUGGACCAAGGCGUUAUUCAGAACCUCAAAGUUUGUUACGGAAAACAGUCAUUCUAAACAACUAAAGGCAAUCGAAAAGUAAACAGAUUUUUAUAUCACUGUGUUAGAUGCCCUGAGGGUGCUAAACAGUGUGUAGGACUACAAUGUAUGUCAAUGACGACUAUCCAAAACUGCUUCCAGCAUGCAAAAUUCUCCAACAUUGACUCAGAAAUAACAGAAGAUGGAGAGGGUCCAGAAGACGCCAUCCGCCUAGCUGACCUUUGCUUUCAAGUGCCCUUCGAGGAAAAGGUCAACAUGGUGGAAUCAACAACAGAGAAAGACAUCGUAGAGAGAAUUAAAAUAAGUGAAGAGAAAAAGAAAGCAAAGAAGAUGAAUCCAAAUUACCAAGGAAGAAGCACUUCAUCACUGAAGCUAGACACACAUUAAAAUUUUUAUAGCGCUGGAUAGAAAUAUUCAAUAACACAACGGAGUAAUCCAUAGACAGCAUUGACCCAAUGAUAGGUUGUAUUGGUAAAUUAGAUUGUUAUAACGACCAUAGAAUUUGUAAAAUGCUGACUUUAAACGAGACUUUUGAAACCCAUGUAGCACCAACUUAUUUGUCAGUAGUCUGCUUUGAUUCAAGCGUUUUUCUUUGAAAUUAAUGCAAUUCAUUUACUACUUUAAUUUGUUUAUUACUGAGAUAAAAUUAACAGAGGGCAACAUGAGUCAAAUGAAUGUGUAGAAACAUAAGAGAAGUUGGACAAAAGUUAAGAUAUCUCGAACCCCAGUAUGUCUUAAAGUUUUGUUGAAUACCCUCAGACUUUGAGAUAACAUAUUUUACUUUAAUUUCUAAAAACAUAUUUUUCUUUAAAGAAUUAAAACCUUGUUUAUUGAGCUGUUCAUUUAAUUAUAGUUAUUACAUGUUAAUCAGGUGACCAUAAUUGUCCAUGUUCCUCUUGUUCUAUGUCUGAUUGCCAUGGACAGAUUCUUAGAAUUACAUACGAACCAUAUCUUCACACUGCAUGUCAAAUUUCGAGAUGCAAGUACCCUGCAGUAGUCACCUUGUGAAAUGGAUAGGUAACCCAAUUAUGCCGAAUGCAUUACCGUAUAGGUAUUAGAUGAUGUGCCAAUUAUCAGGUCAACUUUUUUUGCUUAUAGCUUUUUGGUAAUUUUUCAGAAAACCAACUCUCUUGGUUGAUGUAAAACUUGGAAUUUAUUUAAGUCACCAAAAUGAGAGACCAUUUUCAUUUCUAAGAAGAGUUUCAUUGUAAUCUGAGAAAAUUUAUAGCAUUGAGAGAGAGAGAGAGAGAGAGAGAGAGAGAGAGAGAGAAAGAUAGAUUGUUUAAUGUCACUCUUGAGAAUUUGGAGACGUCACCAUUGCCGGUGAAGGGCUGCAAAAUUUAGGUCUGCUCGAUGCUUACGGCCUUUGAGCAGGAAGGGGUCUUUAACGUGCCACACUUGCUGUUACACGGGGGACCUAGGGUUUUUGCCGUCUCAUCCGAAGGACCAUCUCAUUUAGUUGUCGCUUAUGAGAAGCAAGGGGCACUGAGGACCUAUUCUAACCCGAUCCACACACACACACACACACACACACACACAGAGAGAGAGAGAGAGAGAGAGAGAGAGAUUAGUGUAAUGCUACUAUUGUAGAUCCACAUGUAGCACAAAAAGUGUUUAUUGUAAAUACUUAAAAUAGGGCAUAAGAUAAGAAUUUGAUAGAUGUACGAUUAUUGUUGAAUAAAUGUUGCAUUAACAACAGAUUAAAGAAAUAAUCACAUUUUAAUGGAACACUGAGAUAUUGAUAAUAAAUGUUUUUAGUAAAACACACACAUAGUGCAAUAAAGUCUGUUUUUAAACUUUAGACUGGAAAAAGAGUUGGGGAACUUUUAAAUAAGAGCUUGAUGGAAUCGCUGGUGGAAGAGGAGAGGCAAGGAUCAAAAAGG